UGUCAGUGGUGGUAGUACUGUGCGUGAUUUCGUUCAACCACGUGGUGAUUCCAUCUUCUUUUGUUUUUGUUUACAAUUAAAGAAAUCGAACCUGGGAACGUGUACUGCCAACUUUACAGCUGUAACUGCUCUUCUGUGCAACAAUACACUUCUCCGAAAUAAGUGAAAGAUAAAAAGAGGGAUGAUGCCUACCGACUCGCUAGUCUUCACGGAAUUUGAAGAAGGAAUCACAUUUGACGUGGAUGACCCGGAUUUUGUCAACUCCAACAUCGCGACGAACCCAGAUACCAGCACCACGAAAGCAACAAAUAACAACAAAAAGAACUGUUCCCUGGAGGCUUUCGUUUCAACCCCGAUGUCACUAGCAAGUGUUCAUCCCAUUGAAAUGCAUAACCGAGAUCAUAGUGGUCUGAGCAACAGGAGUCAGAGUAUUGGGAGUUCUUUGGAAGAGCUCCACAACUACUUUGGCAAUUCUGAUGCCGUUCUGUCCAUUGAGGAGCUCCGCCUGCAAUUGAACUCUUGUUUCACGUGUGGCGUGAGUUGGCACGAGGACCAUGUGUCAUUGGAUUGCAGAGAAUGUGGCGGCUAUUCUUUGGAACGACCUUGCCCACUGUGUGAUGGUCGCUGCAACAGCGUCUGGAAGCGGGAUCUCACCAUGUCUCAUGCAUCUGGCAAGGCACGCUGGGAAGGUGAGUGUGCACUGAGGCGUCAGCCAGAACCAAGCCUCAUCUUCAAGACCAUCACGGCAGAAGAGGAAUCUCGCCUGUGCAAUCGGUUAGAGAAGUUGGGCGCCAGCUCAUGACGAUGCUCGUCUCAUUAGUGGCAAUGGACCAACUGAACAGACUGAUGGGCACGGUCAACAAGACCAGCAGCUUGAGUGCGUGUUCCGAAUCUCGUGUCCCAUCAUCCCACCUUUUAGACUGCGCUUAGAGUGAGUUGAUGCUGCUGAAUGUAAAUGACAGUUGCAUCAAGAGCACACUCCCGCCUCCCUGUUGUUAUUUGAGACUGAGGCAUGAUCGUCUGCUGCCAACAACCACUGUCACCGCCACCACUUCCACCUUUGCUUGUAAUCAGCUUGGGAGUUGCAUGUACAGUUUGAAAAAGAACAAAAUUCACCCUCAUUUCAUCUUUUUUCACAAUGAUACAUUUUGUAAGUUUAUUUAUUUUUCAGUAUCAGGUUUGUUCAUCUGGCUGCUAUGUCUCUGUAAUCAGUUUCAGUUGAAUGUUGGCGUUAACUUAGAAGAAGCAGAAGAAAUGUAAAUCACAGAAACUUUUGGAAAUUUGUAUCAUAACGUGUCUUACAUUAAAUAUCUUUAAUGUUUUGGUACAGGGUAUAAGUUGAAACUUCGUUAUUAAGACAAAAUCUAAUCCCAUAAGAAAAAAUUUGAUACAGUUGUACUAUAUCCCUUAUGUUGGUUCACAUGCAAUCUGUUAGCUUGUAUAAUCACAUUGUAACCUCAAUAUUUGUAUGAAAGUUCUACAUUUCAGCUUUUCUGCUUUUGUAAAAUUCUUUAAUUUACUGAAGAAAACCAUGUUUGUAUUAGAGGAUGCCAAAAAAAGAAAGAAGGAAACCAUAAUUUUCAAGGCUUCAGCAAACAAAACUAAUGUAACUUGUUAAGCAAAAUGUCAGUAUGUGCUUAUAGAUUUGGGCUAAGUUCAAAAUCUCUGUAGUCAAUGUCUUGUCACGACUGUGGUAAAAUAAGUACUUGAAGAGUGUGAGUAAUUUAUUUCUGUGAAGAAUCUUUAUUGACUGCAUUUAUAUUGUUCCUUUUUUAAAAACCAUUAUUAUUAUUUGGCAUCAAAACAAGAUUUUUUAAUAAUAAAUUUUCAGACUGAAAAGAUUAUAGUUAUAUAAGGUCUUUGUUUUAUUACUGUAGUAUGUCUAGAUGUUUGAGAAGUAAUUUAUAAUUGUCACAAAUAUUCUUUAAAAGAGUCAUGUUCAUUGUUGUAGUGUAAUGUACUUCACGACACAUGAAUGAUGAACAAUAAAAUGAAGUAGUGCUGUAA